AUGGUAUCUGACAACCAAGUGGUUUUAGAUAAUUUUACAAUCACAAAAAACGUUUUUCUUGUUGCAGCGAAUGGGUUUGUAUACAACAACAUGUCGUGCAAGUCGGGGCACUUCCAAAACGGCAUAUUCACCUGUCAAAAUCAUUUACCAUGUUAUGAGGGUGGCAAGACUGCUGAUGGGAGAUGUGCAGCAUGUCAAGUCACUUAUUGUCUGAUGUGUAAUGGUGACAAAUAUAAAUGCAUAAAAUGCAAAGAGAAUUUGACAUACAAUACCAUAUCAAACACAUGUGAAGAAUACAUAAACUGUCUUUCAUUAAUAAAAGAUAAGUGUCUUCGAUGUAGAGAUGGCUUUGUAUUUGAAGGUAACAAUUGUGUUGAUAUCACCAAAGAUAAUGGAAAUUGCCAGAUUAAAGUCGGCGUUCCAUCAGAGUGUAUAAUGUGUGAUUUAACAAACAUGACAUUAAUCAACACUUAUGGCGUUUGCAGUGUUGUCGACAGCAAUGUUGUUGUUCACAGUCUUUCAAAUGUUGUUGAAUGCAAAGACGGGUUUUAUGUACAAAACAACGUGUGUAACAACUGCACAACCAAUAACGAAGGAAGUCUGUUGUGUUCAUUUAAAACCACCGAGAAGUGUGAUAAGACGUAUUAUGUGAAAGAAGAUGGCAGUGUUUGUGUCAAAAACGUGUGUUCAGAUGGAAUAAACAAUAAAGAGAAUGGAAAGUGCGCACCACAAAUAGACAACUGCAUAAAGUAUGUGAAUGGCAUGUGUGUCGAAUGUUCUUCAAAGUACUCAUAUGAUGGCAAUGCGAGUUGUGUUGAAUCAUCAGCAAUUGAUGUGAAUUGUGGAACAGCAACUCCGAUUGGGUGUAUCAGAUGUGAUGGAAAUACCUUUUUGAAUGUAUCGACACACAAAUGUGACACGUGCAACUCAAAUUGUGAAAGUUGUUUUGAUUUGACAAUGUGCAUGUCAUGUGUAGAUGGAUACUUUUUGAGUGACUACACCUGCAAAUCCAAUGACGCGUUGAAUGACAGUUGUGCAAGAAAAGUGCCAAAUGGGAAUGGUUGUUUGGUUUGCAAAGUUGGGUAUUACAAGAAGGGAGCAGAUUGUGUGCUGUGUGAUGUCAAGUGUGGUGAGUGUCUGACAGAGAACUCGUGUAUUAAAUGCAAUGCAACAAACUACAAAACAAGUAAUGGCGAUUGUCUUUCACGCUCUUCGAUAACGACGUGUGCCGUUGAAGUGACUGAAAGUGGCUGUUCAAUGUGUAAAAAUGGGUAUUACACAGUCAAUGGAAAUGAGUGUCAGAAGUGUGUUUUGAAAAGUGUGCAAAGUGUUCAGAACAAAAUCGGUGCACAUCAUGUGAUGACACCUUUGUACUCAAAAGCACCAUACUCAAAAUGUUCAUCAUGUACAUUUUGGUAUUCACCAAGUGACGAUGGCACACAUUGUUCGAAAACGGCGGUGUAA